AUGGGAGCCUCCUCUGUCUGGGCCUCCGGGCUCCUGCUCCUGCCUCUGCUGCUGCUGCUGCUGGUGGCUGGAGACCAGGGCACCCCGGGCGCGCCGGCCUCCGCCGGCCCGGAGAAGGGGCUGCGCAUGCGCAAGGCCGGGCCCGGGCCGCUGCGGGCCGCGCUGGCCGAGCUGGCCGCCCUGCCCUGCCUCUUCACGCUGCAGCCGCGGCCCGGCGCCGCCCGGGACGCGCCCCGCAUCAAGUGGACCAAGGUGCGCACGGCGUCGGGCCAGCGCCAGGACGCGCCCAUCCUGGUGGCCAAGGACAACGUGGUGCGCGUGGCCAAGGGCUGGCAGGGCCGCGUGUCGCUGCCCGCUUACCCCGGGCACCGGACCAACGCCACGCUGCUGCUGGGCCCGCUGCGGGCCAGCGACUCCGGGCUCUACCGAUGCCAGGUGGUGCGGGGCAUCGACGACGAGCAGGACCUGGUGCCGCUGGAGGUGACCGGUGUGGUGUUCCACUACCGGGCCGCGCGAGGCCGCUACGCGCUGAGCUUCGAGGCGGCGCGCGAGGCCUGCCGCCUGGGCUCGGCCGCCCUGGCCGCCCCGCGGCACCUGCAGGCCGCCUUCGAGGACGGCUUCGACAACUGCGACGCGGGCUGGCUCUCGGACGGCAGCGUGCGGUACCCCAUCACCCAGUCGCGCCCUGGGUGCUACGGUGACCGCAGCAGCCUUCCCGGGGUCCGCAGCUACGGGAAGCGCGACCCGCAGGAGCUCUACGACGUCUACUGCUUCGCCCGGGAGCUGGGGGGCGAGGUCUUUUACGUGGGCCCCGCCCGCCGCCUGACCCUGGCAGGCGCCCGGGCCCAGUGCCGCCGCCAGGGCGCCGUGCUGGCCUCGGUGGGACAGCUGCACCUGGCCUGGCACGAGGGCCUGGACCAGUGCGACCCGGGCUGGCUGGCCGACGGCAGCGUGCGCUACCCGAUCCAGACGCCGCGCCGGCGCUGCGGGGGCCCCGCCCCGGGCGUGCGCACCGUCUACCGCUUCGCCAACCGCACCGGCUUCCCCGCGCCCUCUGCCCGCUUCGACGCCUACUGCUUCCGAGCUCAUCACCCCACGCCGGCGCUCGGGGACCCGGACGCCCCGUCCUCUGGAGACGAAGGCGACAUCCCGUCGGCCGAGGGGCCCCCGGCCCGCGAGCCGGAGCCCGGCUGGCGCGCGGCGGAGGGGGCGGCCCCCGAGUCCAGCGGGGAGGAGGAGCCCCCGGCCGCGGCCCCCACGCGCGCCCCGCGGCCCCGCGGACGGGGCCCCACGGGGGCUGCGCCCACGGAGAGGCGGCGGGGGCGCUUCCCGGGGCUGAACGGGCGCCACUUCCAGCAGCAGGAGCCUGGCGGGGACCCCCAGGCCGCGGCCCAGCCCCGCGCCCCCGAGGGCGCCGGGAACCGCGUGGAGCCUCCCACGGAGGCCGAGGCUGGAGCCCCGAGCCCGAGGCCCUGGGCCGUUCUGACCAAUGAGGUGGAGGUGCCUGCGGCAGGUCCCCCUGCUGGGAAGAGGCCUUGGCCCUUGAGCUCCACCCCCUCCAGCAUUCCAACCCCCAGCAAGAGCCCGGACCUGAACCUGGAUGGAGCUGAGGCCCCCAUGGCUGAGCCGGCCACCCCCAGCCUGUCCUGGUGGCCCUCGGAGCCCACGACCUGGGUGUCCAGCCCCACGGAGGACUCCAGCACAGCUCCGGGGGAGGCGUCCGGUGCAGUCAGUCCUCUGGAUCUCCCCAUGGCAGCCAUGCUGCGGGCCCCCCAAGCGUGGCCACAGCCUUCAUCUCCAGCCGUCCCCUCCGAGGCCGCCGAAGCCACUGGGGUGGAGGGCCAGGGCCAGGCUGCGAGCGCUGCCCCUGCCACCCCGGCCUCGGCCACCCCCCCAGACCCGGCAGGACACGGAGGGGGCACCGCAGCCACAACAGGCAGCCACCACCAAGCAGAAGACCAGAGCACGGAUCCACCCGCGCCGGGCCUGGGCGAAGUUGGGGGACCAGGCUCUACUCAGCCCGGCCAAGCUGAGCACCCCAGCGCCGGCCCGAGGCCUUCCAUGGCGUGGAACGCAGCGGAUCUCAUCUCCACCGAGGACACCCCAGAUGUGGAGGCCGGGGUCCCACCCACAGCAGAGCACCGCACUCCCGGCCUGCAGGGCAGUGAGGAACUCAAGCUUGGAGCCCAGCUGGACACCAGCACCCUGUCCACACCCUCGGGGGGUACCAGGGUCCCCUCCAGCCCGGACCCUUGGGGGGCUUUGUAUGGCCACUCUCCUGGGGGUUCCCUAGAGUCUCUGGUGACGCCGAACCCCAUUGGACCUGGGGGGACAUGGGAGCCUGGAUCCCACAUGCUGGGGGGGCUGGGGGGCCCCGUGGAUACGAACACGGAGACACCCCCCACAUCGCUGGACCUGGGGGCCGGGGUCAGCGUCCCAGACCCUCCCCCGCCAGCAUCCACCGGCGUCCAGCCCCACCCCGGGACAGAGGCCCAGGGGUUGACUCGGGGGGCCCUGGGACCUCCACCGCCUCCCCCCAGGACGGCCACCGUGGACGAGCCUGCCUCCGCGGCCUCUGGGGAGUCUGCAGGCCCGUGGGGCGCGUCCAGCACCCUGCUGCCUGUGUCCCCCGGCGCGGAGGCCGAGCUGGAGCUGGCAGCCGGGGGCCCAGGCCUGGAGGGCUUCUGGGAGGAGGCAGCAAGCGGCGAGGAGCCGGCAGGAGCGCGGUCCCACGCACAGGAAGCCCCAACGGACCCCUGUGAGAACAACCCUUGUCUGCACGGCGGAAGCUGCAGCGCCAACAGCUCCACCUACGGCUGCAGCUGCGCGCAGGGCUUCGCGGGGGAGAACUGUGAGAUCGACAUAGAUGACUGCGCCUGCAGCCCGUGCCAGAACGGGGGCACCUGCAUCGACGAGGUCGCCGGCUUCGUCUGCCUCUGCCUGCCCAGCUACGGGGGCGGCCUGUGCGAGAAGGACACCGAGGGCUGCGACCGAGGCUGGCACAAGUUCCAGGGCCACUGCUACCGAUACUUUGCGCACCGCCGGGCCUGGGAGGACGCCGAGCGGGACUGCCGCCGCCGCGCCGGGCACCUGACCAGUGUGCACUCGGCCGAGGAGCACCGCUUCAUUAACAGCUUCGGGCAGGAAAACAUGUGGAUCGGACUCAAUGACAGGAUCGUGGAGCGGGACUUCCAGUGGACAGACAACACUGGGCUGCAAUACGAGAACUGGCGUGAGAACCAGCCCGACAAUUUCUUCGCGGGUGGGGAGGACUGCGUGGUGAUGGUGGCCCACGAGAGCGGCCACUGGAGUGACGUGCCCUGCAACUACAACCUGCCCUACGUCUGCAAGAAGGGCACAGCGCGGUGCGGGCCCCCUCCGGUCCUGGAGAACGCCUCCGUGGUCGGCGCGCGCAGGGCCAAGUACAGCGUCCACGCCACCGUCCGCUACCAGUGCCACGAGGGCUUCUCCCAGCAGCGCGCCGACGCCAUCCGCUGCCGGGCCUCGGGCACCUGGGACCCGCCGCGCAUCCUCUGCGUCAGACCCCGAAGGUCACACCGGAUUCGCCGGCACCGGCGCCACCACCCGCACCACCACCAGCGCCGCCACCACAGAUCACACAAGGAGCGGAGGAAACACAGGCUCCACCCGGCUGAGGACUGGGACCAGGAGGGAGGGAAUUUCUGCUGAGGAGCAGGGGCAGGACGGAAGCAGAACCAGAAGCACAGCCC